UUUCUCCUGAACUUCUGGGUGUUCUGUCUUCCAUUGCAGCCUUCAUGGUGUUGAUGGCUCUGGUUUUUCUUUACAUCAGCAACAAACUGUCCGUGCAGACUCCUGACAACCUGUUGCCUCUGGCUAGCUACAAGAACAACCAUCGAGUGCUUCUGAGGAGGUAAUCCCGAGGUCGGCGUGUGACUGGAUCUCUGACUGAGAAAUGGCCUUCUUCAAGAACUUCCAGCCGACCCUGCCGUCUGUCAAUAUUUCCUCCAUCCUGGACUCGGUCAGCAGUCGUGUGGAUGACCUGGCGAACGCCGUCAGUGAUGCUACCUACGCCGUCAGCGACCAGCUCACCGAGCAGGUCACUACUAUGAUUAACAAGGUGCAGGAGGAGGAGGAUGUUGAAAAUGACAGCGGUCAGGAUUCGGGUCAGGCCUCCAGCACCCAACAAGGCAGGGCCGGCAGUAAAAGCAUAUGGCAGAGAGACUCGGACCAGGACCAGGCGAGCGACGCUGCAGGGGGAGAGCACACUCAGAGUCAGCUGGAGUGGGAAUGGAGGGACGGAUGCUGGCGAGUAAAAAAGACAGAAGCCGAGAUAGCAGAGGAAGAGAGGAGGAAAAAGGAGCAGAAGGAGCUCCAGGAAAAGAGAGAACAGAGGAGAAAAGAGAGGAGAGAGAAGCAGCUGGAGAAGGAAGCCAAUUCAAAAAGAGAUGUGGAAGAAUUCAACGUGGAGGAGACAAACGGGGAUGAAGGAGAGGAGGAUGAAGACCAAUUAGCUGCUCAGGAAAAAGGUGGCUGUGAUAAAACUCCUCUUCCAGCCGACUGUCAGACUGAAACAAGACGAUCGGAACAGAAAGAUGAAGAGGAGGAAGUGGUGGAAGAUGGCUCAGAGAGGGAGGCAGACAAUGAGGAGGAGGAUGAAUCUAAAUCUUCCUCUACGAUGAAACAGAAGAUGGAUGAGAAGAACGGGAUGGAGAGUUCAAAGAAAUCUGAGAAAGCUGCAGAUGUGGAGAGGAAGAGAAAGAAAGAGAAGAAAAAGAAAGGAAAGAAAGAUGGACCCGCAUCAGACGGCGAAGAAGAGCAACGCCCCGAGGCUAUGACCCAACACAACGCCACAUCUGUGCAGAGCAAAAGCGGACAGUCGGGUGAGCAGGAGGGCUACAGCAGCGAGGCCUCCAGCGAGUGGGCAGCCACCAGCAUCCAGAGAAUAAAGAAACAUUCCUCCCAAAGCGAGCUGCAGCCGCCUCCGUACCAACACGAGAGCUCGGGGAAAGGUAAUUCGUCCCGCUCUGAUUGGGGAAACCGGAGGGCGUCGACCCAGCACGGCUGUGACAGCCCGCGGUGCUCCAGUGAAGCCAGCGUGGACCAGGACACGGACAGCUACCUCAACAAAGGCUGUGAGGAGGACAUUCCCAGUGACAGCACUGCUGUUCUGGGUCCAGAGGAUGGCCUUCAGCUCCCAGCAGCCUACGAACCCGAGCCCCUCGCGCAGUACGGCACGCUGGACGUCGCCUUCGAGUACGACUCCAGCGAGCAGUGGCUGGCCGUCACCGUCACCGCCGCGACCGACAUCCCCGCUCUCAAACAGACGGGCAACAUCUCGUGGCAGGUCCACCUGGUGCUGCUCCCCACGAAGAAACAACGGGCCAAGACGGGCGUGCAGAAGGGCCCGUGUCCUGUUUUCACAGAAACUUUUAAGUUCUCCAGAGUGGAACAGGAGGCCCUGGGGGACUGCGCCGUUCGCUUCCGCCUCUACAGCAUCCGACGGAUGAAAAAGGAGAAGGUCCUGGGAGAGAAAGUGUUCUACCUGACAAAGCUAAACCUGCAGGGGAAGAUCGCUCUCCCCGUCACCCUGGAGCCCGGCUCUGAACUCACAGGCUGCGGCUCUUUGGUGAGUGUGUCUCGUAGUGCGGGAGCGGUCUCCUACCGCUCCACGGAAGACUCAUCGCUGCCAGAGAUCCUCCUGGGUCUCAUCUACAACUCUGCCACAGGACAGCUAUCAGCUGAGGUCAUACAGGGAAGCCACUUCAAAACUACAGGGUCUGAUAAACCUGUCACGACGUCCCUUUUCCAAGAAGAUGCUAAUUAGGGUUCUCGACAAACUAGAAGAUAAAACGCGAUGCUAAUUUCAAGACGACAAUAAAAAUGAGACAUUAUCUGAAUUUUUUAUCUUUAGUUUGCACGCCGUCUGGUGGUGUUUUCCCACUAGAAGCACAGAUGAUAAUUUAAAAAGAAAAUAAAAAUGUAUUUUGUUAUGAAAUGUUUAAAUGAAGUCAGGGAACAUUUUCUUCUGUAGCAACAUGCUGCCUCAAAAGGAGCGGAAAAUUAUAGGUGCAAUAAGUACGAAUUUUAAAUUAUCACAAAAUGGUGACUUCCUUCUCAGCCAGCUGGGGGGAUUGUCAGUUUUUCUUCAAAGAGGGAUGUAGUUUUUGUUUACAACCUUUCCUGCCUUCACACUUCCUGGUUCCAGAACCAAUGGGGUUGCCAAGUCUGUAUCGGCACACACCAUUGCGCCGGCAGCCAGUGAAAGGAGCACGCCGGAAGCAAUUGAAAGCAUGAUGCUUGUUUUACUCCAAUAUCAAGUAAAGACGGCUAGAGGCUAAUAUAGAGCUAACAAUGCUAACAGUGAAUUUCAAAAGAUUUGGCGGCUCUAUAAAUAUCACAGCCUAGUUCAUCAAUUACAGCUCUUCAUCUUCUGUGUAUGACUCAUUUUCACUCGUCGUCUAGAAUCUUCUGGCGCUGAUCUGUAACUAGCAACAGUUGCCCAGAGCGGACUCUUUUGCUUUGAUACAUGGACUGCAGUACCCACAUUUGACCACAGGGUGUCAUUUUUACUUCAUGAACCUUUAAAUGUAGGGUGUUCUAUUUAAUAUUUGUUCAAGCUCCUUAUAUUUUAAACUGAAUAAGUUAGAUGAUACCUGAUGAGUAUUUGUUAUUUCUAACAACACUUAUUCAGAGUUUGUUUUGCCAAAUCAAAUGAGGAAAAUUCCUUAAAGGGGCAUUCCACACAAAACUGAAAUUUUGUCUGUUGACAUAUCUCUUAGAGUCACAUAUGUAGGAAAACACUAUUUUUAACCAGCCCAGUCCUUCUCCUGACCCAGCUGUACUCCUUUAGCUUUAGCUUAGCAUUAAACACUGUAAGUGAAUGGAUCCAACUAGCAUUGUGAGUAAAAACGUCCUUAAAAUCCCUCACUAGCGAUCCCAAUUCCGCUUGGUGACUUAAAUAAUCAGACCGACUGCAAGUGAAAAUAAUUAGUAACGUAAAAGGAAUAACAGGCACCAUUUUAGACUUGGAACUUCUUCAUGACAAAGCACAGCUGUGAGCCUCCGCUGCAAGGCGCAAGGCAGCCCCAAAGACACCUGCUUCUGUAAACACGUCGUUAGCGAACCAACAUAAGACACACACACGAGCUUCGGUCUCUCCGGCGCAAAUGCGAUGUGCUCAUUUUUUCUCUCGUCGCCAUUGUGUGUGUGUACUCACAAUGCUAGUUGGAUCCAUUCGCUUACUGUGUUUUAUGCUAAGCUAAAGCUAAAGGAGUACAGCUGAGUCAGCAGAACGACUGGGCUGGUAAAAGUGUUUUUCCCACUUAUCUAACUCUGGGAAAUAUGUCAGACAGACAAAAUAAAAAUUUGGGGUGGAAU